AUGUGUUACCAUGUAUGUAAAAUUUUAAAGGUGAAAGAAGUGAAAAGAAAUGUAAUACAAAUUUAUGGUCGGAUUCUGGCCCAAGAUUAUGAAACUUAUAAUUUCAACGUGGACUUUAUUGAUGGGCCUGUAAUCCUUGAGGCAGAAAAUGGGUGGAUAACUAUUUGUUCUCUUGCCAGUCAGCAGACACGUAGCAUUUACCCUAUUCAUCUAGUUGAUGGUCUGGGAACUAUAGCGUGUGAAGUGAAAGGCAACUAUAUUGGGUCACACAAUGUUAGCUUUUCAGUGUAUAACAAGGGAAAGUCAAUAGUACACAAAGAUGCUUGGCUUAUAAGUGCUAAACAGGAACUUUUCUUGUACCAGACAUUCUCAGACAUUUCUUCAGUGUCUCCUGCUGCAGGCAGCCUAGGUGGUGGAACUGACCUCACCAUCACAGGGGAUUUCUUUGAGACACCUAUGAAAGUCACAGCUGCAGGUACUCCCUGCCAAAUUAAACAUAUUACUCCACAAAAGAUAAUCUGUACAACUGGAGCAGUAGACAAUAAUAGAACAUUCAGUGAAAUUCAACCAGGAAACAGGGGCCUUCUUUUUGAAGUUUGGGAUGGUUCAGACGCUAAUCUCACUGAAGCGAUUCCAGGAUACAGCUGGCAGAUUGUUCCUAAUGCCAGUUCUCCAUACAAUUUUCUGCCUGAGAAACAGAAGCUGUUCAGUGCACGACUACGUGGGUUUUUUGUGGCACCAGAGACAAAUAAUUAUACAUUUUGGAUUCAGGCAGAUGGCAAAGCUUCUUUAUAUCUAAGCCUCUCAGAUGAUCCAAGAAAAAAGGUGGAAGUUGUAUCAAUUCCUACUGGCACUACUGAUUGGUCAGCAUUUUGGGAAGAAGAUUGGUUUCAUCCUAGGAAGCCCAAAUCAGAGAAAUAUGAGCUAAUUGCUGGUACAAUAUACUAUUUGGAAGCUGUGCAUCAUGGGAUAGCCCCAAACAAUGGAAUGAGCAUGGGGUUUCAGUUGCACAAUACCUGGCUGAACCCUGAGGUAGUUAGUACUUAUCGCAGAGAGAGAUACAGAAUACAAGCCAGUGCUAUCCAGCUUCCAGAGAUACAGAUGCUGAUAUUGUCUGGCAGAGGAUGGUUCAGUCUUGCUUGGGACAAUGUGACCAGUAAUCCCAUGUCAACAAAUGUUACUGCUGAUCAAAUGCAGCAUGAACUGGAGGAACUUCUUGCAGUAAAAUGUGAAAUAGAGCUAUCAUCUGCUAAUAUUUUUUUGCAAGCAAGAUUUGAGCAAAAUACUGAGAAUCCAGUCAACGGUGGAGUCCUUGUCAGCUGGACAGAACCCUUUUGUGGAAGAUUCAGCAAUUUCAGGCCAAAAAGUCUUAUCAAAACAUCUCAAUCAAUCUCUCCUUAUGAUGUCACUAUAUACACACAUUUGUGCUUUGCAUACAAAGGCUACAUGAGCAAUACACUCUACAUUGCAGUGUCUUAUUCCAAUACCUUUCUAGAUACUGUGAAGAAACAUGUGACUUGCCAAUGGAAUCUGAAAUCCAGUCCAGAAAGCUGGAAAUUCAUAUGCAUCAACCUUUGGAGAGACUGUCUGUAUAGUUCUGAAUUCCUUAAUGAUCUUCCCAAAAAUUAUUCAGUGUUUGUGCACCAGGUUGAUGUAGAAACUCCUGCUGCUGCAACAGAGACACAUGCCUGGUUUUUCAUUGAUGAGAUCAUUGUUUCAGAUCAAGAUGUAUUUGUUUUUCAGAAGGAACCCUGGUCAGCUCGCCCACAUGGGAACCUCAUAGAAUCUGUCUUGGUUGCUGGCAUCCCACCUGUAUUUAAUGUAUCUUUUUUUGUAGCAAAUUAUCACAAGAACCUCCCUCUUCUCUCACUCAGCGGAGGUGUGCCUUUGGAGGGACCCGAAGGGACUGAACAAUUGUUGAUGUCUAUGAAUGAGACAGGAAUCAAUCUGACAGUCCAAAGAAUACAAGGUGCAAGCCCACCUCUUGGAGGAACUUUUCAAAUCCAUCUGCCUGACAUGGUGAUUCCAGGUAACCCAGUGUCCAUCUCUGCCAAUCACCUCCACAGCCUUCUGCAAAAUUGCAGUGAUAAUUUUACAGCUCAGUAUAUAAAUGCCAGUGACUUUUUUGUAUCUAAGAUUUCACGCAACUCUUAUCAAAGUAUAUGGACACUGAGCUGGACUUCAAUGAUUGGUGAUUUGCCCAAUUUCAUCAGGGUCUCUGAUGAAAACCUCACUGGUCUUAAUCCAGCAAUAAUAAGCUAUGUAGUAUUUGAUGGUGGAAUUUUCAUUGAUCCCAUAUUUGGAGAUAUGCUUGCUACCCCCAAUAAUUUUACACAGGUUGUAGUUACAGUGAAUGACAUUCCAGCAAAUUGUUCUGGCUCAUGCACUUUUCAGUAUCUCAGGGAAAUGACUCCUUUAGUCAGUAGCAUUGACUAUUCAACAGAUACUGAACACAUAAUAGUUCACAUUAUAGGAUCUGGCUUCACUGCAGACCAUCAAUCAUUGCUCAUAGAAGCAAACAACCUAACUUGCGAAAUUCUAAGUUCAAACCACACUAAUGUCCUUUGUCAGAUGAAUGUAUUACCGGUUGGAUUGUAUAAGGUGACAUUAUUGGUAAGACCUUUGGGAUUUGCAGUCAAUGCCAGUGGAGAAAGUAGCAUCUUCCUGAAGAUUACACCUAGAUUGACUUCUGUUGAACCUUCAACAGCUUCGGAGAUAGGAGGCCUUACAGUGAUUCUAUCAGGUUCAGGCUUAGAUGGGAUAAACACAGUACUCUUUGGUUCUCAACCUUGUCCCAUCAAUUUCAAUGCCAGCAAUGCAGUGAAAAUGGAAUGCAGGCUUCCUCCUUGGAGAGGAGGAGCGAAUACUGUUCAUCUAACCCUAAUUAAUGAACAUGAAUUGACUGUCUUUGCCAAUGCUUUUACCUAUAACUCUUCUCUAAAUCCAUGCAUUGUGUCAAUGAACAGAAAUAAAAGUGGCAUAACAGGAGGCCAGCUGCUUGUGAUAGGUAUUUCUUCAUUUUCCAACUGUACUUCAUUUGAUGUGAAGGUCAAAAUUGGGGACAUCGCAGUUCAAAUUCAAACAGUAACAGAUCAUGGAAUCAGUGUAUUGCUGCCUUCUCUUGCAGAAGGAUUGCAUAGACUUUCAAUAUUCCUCCAUCAUCUCCCACUCAACACAAGUGGAUUGGAGCCAUUAAUCCAGUAUGUUACAGAGAUCUUCAGAAUAGAACCAUGUUGUGGCUCCUUCCAAGGUGGAACAUUGCUCACCAUUUCUGGAAUAGGUUUUAGCAACAGCCCAGCCUUGGUCUUGGUCCUGAUUGAUUUUCAACCCUGUGCUAUAAUCAGCCUAACUGAAGAUAAAAUUCUAUGUCAGACCCCACCACCCACUCAGCAUUCUAAUAGCAUUCUCAAAAAUCUUCUGGCAGAUAUAGAAGUGUACAUAGGCAACCAGUCAUUGGUAGACCCAUUUCAAAUGAAAAUCUUUAAGAAUUACACUUUUCUUUACGACAUGUCUUUGACUCCAAAUAUCAUAAACAUUGACACAGAAUUAUUGAACAAUAGUCUGCACCUAGGUGUAGAAGGAGUCAAUAUAACAAAUUCAGUAGCUAUCCUGGAACACGUGGAAUGUCCCCUUGAAGUACAGAAGAUCAACCACUCUAUAACUUGGUCUCAGUGUUCCUUACCUCUAAGUGUUCUAGAACCAGGGCACUAUGUUAUGAGAGUUCUCCAGAAGCAAAUGGGCUUUGCCAACAUACCGGCUGAGAUGCAGCAUUUUACCAUAUACCCACAGAUAAAGACUAUCUUUCCAUCUCGUGGCUCAGUGUGUGGUGGGCAGUUGCUCACAAUAUCUGGCCAGUCUCUCAAAUCUCGGACAAAUUCUGCUUGGGUAAAUCUGACAGGCAACUUGUCUUGUGAUGUCCAAAGCUUGAGUGAACACAGCAUAAUAUGUGCCCUUUUUUCAAGGGAUCCCCUUUUGGAUGGUCAGCAAUUUCCUGAUGCACACCAAGCUCUUAAUAUCACAGCGAAUGUCAAUGGCAUGUAUAGCCGUUGCCUAGAAGACUGCUCCUUCCAUCUUUUGGCAAACAAGACUCUUGUUAUUGAUGCUGUCACUGUGAGGUUUGCUGGGAUCUUAAUUUACUUAUUAAUCAGAAUUCAGAAAUUAGUUUGGGUCGUGGAUGAAAUCCUUAUAGAGGUGGAUGGACAUCUCCCUUGCAAUAUAACUUCCUUGAACAAAACCAGUAUUGAAUGUCAGAUGCACAGCCUUGAUGCAAAAGAACAUAGCAUUUCAAUAUUGAGCAAAAGCUGGGGUUCAGCCUGCCUGAGACAGAAAGACUCCAAUAUCUUCAGAGUUACUCCUGUGGUGCAUCUUUAUCCCCAGAAUUUCAGUAUCAAUGGUGGAGGCCUCCUGACCUUAGAAGGCGCAGCACUUCAAGGCAGGAGCAGCACUUCAGUUCUCGUAGGAAAUCAGGAGUGUCUCCUCACCAAAGUCACAUAUUGGGCCCUUAAAUGCCUUGUGCCUUCAGGCCAAGGGACUGCAAUCGUGGGGCUCAACAUAGACAAUAUGUCGUAUCCUGCUGGGGAAAUAAGCUACAGUGAAGAAUUCACCCCAGUUUUCCUCUCCCUUCUGCCUUCCACAGGCCAGUUUCUCACAAUAAUGAUCUCAAAAGUUAGGCAAAUGAAAGACAUGUACGUUUUCAUUGGAGGCUCUUCCUGCAUCAAUGUUACUAGCAAAAGCACCAGUUUGCAAUGUGUGCUUCCUCAGCUUCCUGCUGGAGAAUAUAAUGUGACAGGUGGAAUUGUGCAGAGAGGAUGGGCCUCCUCCAGUUUGGUAUUCACUUCGGUCCUGACAGUUAUCACAGUGAAAAACAGCCAUGGCAAUCUUGAUGGAGGAGAAAUAUAUAUACAUGGAAAUGGAUUUUCUCCAGGAAAUACCUCUGUUACCAUUUGUGGUUCUCCUUGUGAAAUGCUGAAUGUGACCACCACAACUGAUUUGAGCUGCUUAACGGGGCCUUUGAAUGCAUCUAUAGCAGUUCUUUAUACUUUGACAUAUUCUGCAAAAGAGAAUGGUGAAGACUGCAAAGCAGCUGGUGCAGCACUGAUCCAGUGUGACAUCCAAAUCGAAGCAAAUGCUGAUGUUGUUAUAGCAGCCACUCCGUUCCUAUUCUUCUGUGACAAUUUGGCAUAUUCCUCUUUAAUGUCUAACAAGACCUCUCUCAACUCAUCCCACGUCCACUUUUCUGGCCUCCUUCUCAGCCCUAAAGUGGAAAGAGAUGAAGUUCUCAUCUAUAAUAGCUCCUGUAACAUUACCAUGGAAACUGAGGCAGAGAUGGAGUGUGAGGGACCUAAUCAGCCAAUUACCGCCAAGAUUACUGAGAUAUGGAAAAACUGGGGCCAGAACACUCAGAACACCUUCCAAAUUCAAUUUUGUGGACGAUGGUCAAAAAACUUGACCUGGCUUAAUGGACAUCCACCACAAGAUGGCGAUAAUGUCAUAGUAGAAAGAGGACAGAUUUUACUAUUGGAUACUAACACAAGCAUUCUUAAUAUGCUUCAUAUUAAAGGUGGCAAGCUGGCAUUUAUUGGCCCUGGUCCCUUAGAGCUUCACGCUCAUUCCAUCCUUGUGUCUGAUGGAGGAGCACUUCAGGUUGGAUCUCCCAGGGAGCCAUUCUGUGACGUGGCCCGAAUCCAUCUUCAUGGAAGUGCCUAUUCUGAAGAGUUUUCCCCAUAUGGAGCGAAAUUUCUGGCUGUGAGAAAUGGAACCCUGUCCAUGCACGGCUGUGUCCCAAAAAUAUCAGUCACAUAUUUGAAAUCAACAGCAUACUCCAAUGAUACAAAGUUGGUCUUAAUGGACUUUGUGGAUUGGAAACCUGGAGAUAAAGUUGUUAUAUGUGGAGGAAGCUUUGAAGGUACUCAAAAGAAAAAGGAAAUUCUUACAAUUAAGGAAAUAAAUGGUACCGAACUCUACAUUACAUCUCCACUAAGGUAUUCUUACACUGUUACUGAGAAGCAGGUUGUGGAAGAACAUCUUGCUUUUAGAGCUGUUGUGGCAUUGCUGAGUAGGAAUCUAGUCAUCCAAGGAAAUGUCACAAGUGAAAAAGUUUCCCAUCUGCAACUCUGUAAAGCAGCAGCUAUUUCAGGAGGUGAUUUACUUCAUUGCCUCUAUAAGAGAAGUGAGAGAAAACCUGGGUCUCAGGACAUGGGGGGUAUUGUCAUUGUGGAAUCCUAUUAUGGUGAAGAGAGUCUGCUACAUUUGGCAGGGGUACAGUUCUAUCAUGUAGGACAAGCAUUCCGAAAGCAUUUCAGUGCACUGACCAUGGUUGGAAAUGCUCAAGUGACUAAAUCUUAUAUGAAACAUUGUGUUGUACUGGAUUCUUUUGCUCAGGGAGUUAGCUUAUCAGGAAUAUCAGAUUUCAAGAUUGAAAAUAAUACUUUUUACAACAUUAUGGGCCAUGGAAUUAAAAUAGAUCCUCCAAUGAACUUUGAACUUGAUUUUGGUUAUGUUCACAUCUGCCAACUUCAAAAUGUUGAGAAAAUGCAGAGAUCAUCACAAAGAGCAUGGCAUGGCAAUAAUAAAAUAAGACACAAUACAAUUAUUGGACUAGUGGGCGUUGAUGGCCUUUCCAAUACUGAAGUUCUGUCCCCAGCUGGAAUAUAUAUCCAGUCUCCUGAUAAUUUGAUAGAGAGUAACUUGGUGUGUGGCGCCGGACAUGGUUAUUUUUUUCACCUUCCUCCUUCAAGAUUAGGAGAACCAGUGAUGUCCUUCAGUAAUAAUGUAGCACAUUCCUGCUCUGGGUAUGGACUCCUAAUACAUCCAGCAUAUCACCCUCAAAAGGGAAACAAUACAGAACCUGUUAAAUUCCAAAAUUUUACUGCCUGGCAGUGCAAAGGUGGAGCAAAGAUUAUCAGCACCAGCAACCUUCAGCUUUGGAACUUUCACAUCUCUUCCUGCAAAGAUUUUGGUAUCAACAUUGUGGAAAGUCUUGGAAACACUUCAGUUGUCAACAGUAUACUAAUUGGCUGCUUCCAUGAAAAGGAUAGAAGCUGUAUGUUGACAGGGCUGAAAACUCCUCAAAAGCAUGAACUAUUGAUUUCACGUGCAACCUUUAUGAACUUUGACAGUCACAACUGCACUGCAAUUACUACCUGUUCUGGCUGUUACCAAGGUCAGGGAGGCUUUACUGUCAGAACAGAACAAGUCCUGUUCCUCAAUGCCCCAAACUGGCUAUCAUUUCCAUUCCCUCAUUGUGCCAUCCUCAAAGAUCUAGACGGCUCUUUCACUGGACAACCAGGAAGUCAGAUCCUUCCUUCUCUGGAUAUUCUUCCAGAUUCCUGUAGGACAAUUGUCAAUGCCAGUCAAGCUGUCAAUGCCAGUUGCUGUUUUGCAAAUGUUACUUUUCAUCGUAUGUCUAUUGGCCUAAAAUCCCCAAUUUUUUCAUCUAAUUUAACUGUAACUAAUAGUCACAAUAAGGUGAUCACUGUCAAUUACGUGUCUGACACUUUAUUGAAUGCCAAUGGCUGGAUGAGUCUUCUUUUGGAUCAAGAAAUUUAUACUUUGUCAUUCAGCAGUCCUCCGUUUCAAAGAAAUUUGCAGUAUGUAGCUACGUUUGAUAAUUUUGCUGUUGGCAAUUACCUAUUAUUGGAGCAUGAAGGAUUGCCAGCCCACAGUCAAGUUACAGUGCUUUGUGGAAGAAGGCAAGGGUCGCUACUCCAGGCUGUUCCUUCCCAUAGACAUCACAAGGGUUGUGACUGGUUUUUCAACAAGAAAAUGAACAAGUUAACUUAUUUAGUUACAGGGAGAGGCCUAAUCCAAGUGACAUUUAAAGUUGAAGAGAUAUUCCCUUCAUCAGUACUGGUUCCUUCUUUUUCUCCUCCUGUUUACAGAUGGUCCCUUGCUGAAUCCUGGAAUGACGUGACAAAGGGCUGGGGUGGCUACAAUAAAAGUAUACCAUCAGCUGAUGAAGAUGUUAUCAUUUUACCAGACAGAACUGUCUUGGUGGAUAUGAAUCUUCCACCCCUACGAGGUCUUUACAUCCAGGGCACAUUGGAAUUCUCAUUAAACACCAGCCAUCUCCUGAGCGCGGCCUGUAUUGUGAUUGCUGCUGGUGGUGUCCUGAAAGUGGGCACACUGCAGCAUCCAUUAGAAGAAAGUAGAAAGGUACACAUUCUCCUUCGGGCAUCUGAGAGAGUAAAUUGUGAUCGAUUGAAUGGUUUGAAAGUUGGUGCUGGAACCAUUGGUGUUUUUGGGAAGUUGCAGUUGCACAGUGCAUAUACCAAGAAGUCAUGGACACAUCUUGGAAAUGAUGUUGCACCUGGAAAUGAAAGGUUUAUGGUGCAAGAUCUUUUGGACUGGCAUCCAGGGGACAGUAUUGUUGUCAGUUCCUCUUCAUAUGAAGCCCAUCAAGCUGAAAUAAUCACUUUAGAAAAAAUUAACAAUCGUAGCAUUAGGAUCCGUGAACAUCUUCUCCAUAGACAUAUUGGGCAUUCCCAUAGAUUAGAAGAUGGUCAAUGGAUUCUCCUGGCUGCAGAGGUUGGGCUUCUGACAAGAAACAUUCAGAUUAAAUCUGACAUGGAUUGUAUAGGAAGACUUCUGUCCUGAUUCUUAAAUGCAUCCUUCUCCCAUCUUGCAGGUGUACUUCAACUUUCAAAUGUUGAAAUUUUGAACUUUGGAACUUCACAGUCUCCUUCAGUUGACAUUACAAAUUCAUCCCUCAAGUCUUUCAUAAUUUCCUCCAGCAUUCACCACAGCUGUGGAGUUGGUAUUCAAGCUAUUACAAAUAGUGGGCUCUUGCUACGUGAUAAUGUGAUAUUCAGUACCAUUGGGCAUGGUAUACAUUUAGAAGGCCAAAAUCAUAAACUCAUCAGCAAUCUUGUUGUCUUAAGCAAACAACCAGAAACUUCAAAGUUCUGGGUUGCUGGCAUCAAAACAAAUGCAGCAGAAAGUGUUAUUCUACAUAAUAAUAGCGUGGCUGGUUCAGAACGGAUAGCCUUUCAUAUCAAAGGUCAAGAAUGUUUCUUAGUAGAGGAUCUUUACAAUGGCAACAUAGCUCAUUCAAGUCUUCAUGGGGUUCAUUUAUAUAAAGGAGAUGGCUUUCCAAACUGCACUAAAAUUAUAGGCUUUUUGUCUUACAAAAACUAUGACUAUGGGAUAAUGUUUCAUCUUGUAGGAAGUGUAGUAGUUGAGAAGGUGACAUUGGUGGACAACAUUGUGGGACUCUUGCCAGUACUUUAUGGACCAUCAGCUAAGCUGCACUGUCACCAGAAAAAACAGCAUCUGAAACUAAGAAACUCUGUCUUUGUGGCUACUAGCACUUCCUUUGAUUGCAUCAAGGACAGAAUCCAUCCUCUUUCAGCCAAUGUGACGAUUACAGACCGAGCUCCACGUAAUCCCUGGAGGGGCCGAAUUGGCAUGUUAUGGCCAUCUUUUACCUUGGACUGUAAUUGGUGGCCUGAAGUUCCAUGGCAUAAAAUAAGAAACUAUUCAAUAGUUAUGGGAGUCACAACUCUACAAGAUAUAACCUUUGAUGGUUUUAAGAAGAGUUGCUAUACGGAUGACCAAGACAUCUGCAUCAUGACAAAUCCAGGAUAUGCGGGUAUCUUGCAUCUGAUCACAUCUGAGCAAACCAGAAUGCUCCAUAUUAGGGAACAAAAUAUGUUCUAUUUCCAUCCACUGCAAAUGAGAGUAAAUGAAUCAAUACCUGACUCAUCUGGUAAUGCGAUUUGUGGGAGGUCAAGGAAAGCUCUUUUCAAAGAUUUGGAUGGAAGUGCCCUAGGACUGGAUUCACCUGUAUCAGUUUUCCAAAAAUCAGAAUUGGAUUGGGAACAAGCAUGCCAGGAUGCUGGCAUUUACAGAGAAGAAGGAAAAUGCAUUCUCAAGUCUUCAUCCAAUGCUUACUUCUGUAAGGAAACUGAUCAUGCAAUGGUGAUUUUGGAAAAUAUGGACACGGAUUCAGAACACAGGAAGCUCUCUCCACCUGUAUUGAUAGCUAAUACCUUUGUGGACAUGUUCAGUGAAGCCACAUCAGAGGGAUCUUUCUGCGCCAAAGAACUUCCUGUGAUAUUUUACUCUCUCGUGCCAUCAAACAGCCUUUCAACGAUUUGCUUUGCUGGACCAGUUCCUUGGUCAUUAAGACUCUUCUUUAAUGGUGGUCACGACAUUGUCAGAGUACUUGUAGCUAUCUCCUAUGAUGAACCAAGAAGCUUUCAUGUUUUUGUGAAAGAGAACACUAUCCAACCAGUCUUGUUUUUUCCCAGCCUUUUUUUGGAAAAUGCCACAACAGGAUCUAAUUACUUUAAUUUUCAGGAGAAUCUUCUGUAUGUUGCUGUUCACUGGGAUGAACCUAUAGAAAUACAUACACACAAUGCUCUUCAUAUUGCUUUCACCAUAUUAGAGAAUACUGGAGAGAAAGCUCAGGCAGUGCUUAUUCAACAAUUGGCAAGUUUUUUACAGAUUGGGCAGGAUGAAAUUAGAGCAGUCUCCCGUACUUCAGGAAAUGAAGACACAUUAAGGAUUAUUGCAGACAAUAGUAUGAAGAAGAAAUAUCGGUGUCCUCCAGAGAGGUCAUGCAUAUUCACUCAUCAUAGCACCAGCCGACAAGGGAGUUUGCAUCCAUCCCAUGUAAUGCAUGGCUUGAGAGUGCUGAUCCUUGAAAUCAGUGAUCCGUUACACGUCUUAAAAUAUAACCUUGCAUCCUCAUAUCCAAGUGUCAGAUUAAAUAGUUUGGCCAGUACGCUAAUUGAUGCCCAACAAAUUGGGACACUUCAGCAUAUUCUCAGAUUGCCAGUUGAUUCUCUGGUGGUGAUGGUUUCCUCAGCUUCAGUUCCAACAACAGAAAAUUCUAGUAGCCCAACUUCAUGGAGUUGCCUCUAUGUCCGUCCUUACAGAAUCUCUGUCUGGAUUCAACCGUCUAAUGGAGUGGUGGAAAGGCCACUGAUGAGGCAACCACAAAUUAUUUUUCUGGACAAACAGGGACGGAGAAUUGUGCCUUUAGGUUUCCCUUCCAAACCAUGGAUUGUGACAUCUUACCUAAAAAACCACCCAGAAAUUAUGUUGAAAGGUAACACAAGAGUAAAGGUUGAAGAUGGACAGGUUAGCUUUCAGAAUUUGAUUGUGUCCAGCUCUUGCUUCGAUUGCCAUCUCAUUUUCAAAGUUACUUCUCCUCCAGGUGCUGCCUUAUCUGUUGAAUCAAGUUCUUUUACUGUUUUCCCUGUUGCUGUAUCAGAAAAAUCCGCCAUCAUCUUUACUGCUCUCCUGUGUUCAGUAGCCUCCAUGCUUGUUUUGGGAUUUGUUCUUAUUUGUUGGCUCAAGAAAAGAAAGAGAAACAAAAAUAAGCACAGACAAUCUCCAAAGAAUAAAAAAUGCCCUCAAAUACAGGAAAAUCAAACAAAUUGUGGUAUCCAUCAGCACCGCAUUGGGAAAGGAAAUGAACAUUCCACUUCUAUGAGAGAAGAUAUAAAACUGUGUGAAGAACUUACAGAAGAGCCGUUAAAGAAGCUGCAUCAAAAAACAUUGAGCACCACAUUAAGAGGAACAGCAAAUGAAAUCGAACAAGACCAUUGGCUCAAUAAAAGGAAAUUAACCAGGGAGUCUCUGGAGCUUCAGGAACUUCACAUCAAGGAGCUUAAUGAAUGGAAGAAGACCAAACAGCAUAUCAUUGACUAUGUUCAGCAUAAAGAAAUGAAAGGAGAGCAAUUCAUAGACCAAAAACAUAAAAGACACAAAGACAUGCCUGUGACAAGAUCUGAAGAAGAUGUGAGGGGAAAACAGGAAAUUACAGUAUCAUAAUAUCCAAAUGUUCCUGUUUGGCUGCUUUUGGACUUCUCAUUCUUAAUGUAACUGCAUAUUUUGAGACAUAGAAAACCGAGGCUAUUUGUUUAAUUUUUAGAAUGAAAUGAACGAAGACCAAUGGACAAGCAAUGCUCCUAUGAACUGUUUCUAGCACAAGUCACUGGAGAUGGUAUCAGUGAUGCUUUGUUAUCUUACUUGCUGAUUUUAACCAUAUUGUUAUGUAUAUAGCCAUGGUGGUGCAGUGGUUAGAAUGCUGUAUUGCAGGCUAAUUUUGCCAACUGUCAGCAGUUCGAUCGUGUCCGGCUCAAGAUUGACUCAGCCUUCCAUCUUUCCAAGAUCAGUAAAAUGAGGAGCCAAAUUGUUGGGGGCAAUAUACUGACUCUGUAAACCACUUGGAGAUUGCUGUAAAGCACUGUGAAGCAGUAUAUAAAUCUAAGUGCUAUUGCUAUUGCUACAGGAGAUGUAGAAUAGUAAAUCAACUACUGUUUUUGUUUCCUUUGUUACCUGCUUAUUUAGUUGUGGACCUUAUUUCAGAAAAUAAUAUUAAAUCAGUAUAAUCGUUUAAAUUAUAAAAUUGUUUAACUAAAUAAA